CGAGCCGGCAGCGCUGAGGGGACGGCGGCGGCCGGGCUGAGGCUGAGGGUCAGGCCCGCCCGCCGCCGGGGGAACAACGGGCGGCUCCGGUUUCUGAGGCGGAUUUAACCUUCCCCGAGCGGGGCGGGAGGGGGCGGCCCGCCUCGGGGCUCGGGCUGGCGAUGGGGCGGGCGGCGAGCGGCGGGCAGAGCCCGGCCGGCCGCGGGAGCCUGGCCCUCGGCGGGGCGGGAGGCGCUGAGGCGGCGCGGACCAUGCGCGGCGCUCGCUGAGGCAGCCUCCGGCCGCGGGGAUGAGCGCCUCGGCGGCCACCGGCGUCUUCGUCCUCUCCCUCACCGCCAUCCCCGUCACGUACCUCUUCAACUGCCUGGCGGCCAGCGGCAGUUCCUGGUCAAUUGUUGCAGUUGGAUUUCUGGUUCUGGUUUUUAUUGCUCUGUUGGCUCGUGUUCUUGUCAAAAGAAAACCACCAAAAGACCCACUGUUUUAUGUUUAUGCAGUAUUUGCCUUUACCAGUGUAGUGAAUCUAAUAAUUGGACUGGAACAGGAUGGAAUUAUCGAUGGAUUCAUGACCCAUUACUUGAGAGAGGGUGAACCAUAUCUGAACACUGCUUAUGGCCAUGUGAUCUGCUAUUGGGAUGGCUCAGCACACUAUCUGAUGUAUCUGUUGAUGGUUGCAGCUAUUGCUUGGGAACAAAGCUAUAGAUCCAUUGGCCUCUACUGGCUGGGUUCCAUUAUCAUGAGCAUCAUUGUCUUUAUGCCUGGAAACAUUGUGGGAAAAUAUGGAACAAAAGUGUGUCCUGCCUUUUUCUUAAGCCUACCAUAUAUUUGCCUUCCUAUAUGGGCUGGGUUCCGAAUUUAUAACCAACCUUCGGUGACUCAUGACACUCCAGUCAAGGUAGUUCAGGAAGUUCAGAAGAAAGGACUCUUAAGACGACCAGUAGAUUUAAUGUUAGCUGCGUACCUCAUACUAGCAACAGGAUUUUGCAUAUUUAGGGGCAUGAUUGCUCUGGAUUGCCCUGCUGAACUCUGCCGGCUAUAUAUUCAACUUCACGAGCCUUAUAUAAAAGAUCCUGCUGCCUAUCCUAAGCUUCAGAUGCUGGCAUACAUGUUCUACUCUGUGCCAUACUAUGUGAUUGCUCUGUAUGGACUACUGGUACCUGGUUGUUCCUGGAUGCCUGAUUUAACCCUUAUACAUGCUGGAGGACUAGCUCAGGCUCAAUUUUCCCAUAUUGGUGCUUCUCUUCAUGCUCGAACUCCUUACAUCUACAGAGUCCCUGAAGAAGCAAAACAGUUUUUUCUGGUAUUGAACAUAAUGUAUGGGAUUCUUCCCCAGCUGUUGGCUUACAGGUGUGUCAACAUGCCAGAGUUUUUUAUGAAAACAAAACAAGAAGAAAAAACGGAAUAGCACAACAGUUUUCGGCUCCUCUUUUUGGCUGUGUAUAUAAUUGGGCUUGGAAGUAACUGAACUGCUCAGAUGGAAUCCAAAUGACGUGUGUAAGAUGUGUAAUAUUGCACAAUUGUGUAAAGAUGCAUGGUCUGUUUUGUUUAUCCUACUCAAAAAGGGAAAAUAAAGACAACUGCCUUCAAUAUCA